AUAGUCAUUAUUUUAUUCAACUGCUGACAGUUAUUUUUUCAUAUCUGUGAUAUGGUGUCCUCAUUUAUCUGGGCAAUAAGCGACGUAAACAUUAAAAUGGGUUAGAAAUGUUGUUUACAUAAACAAGGAUCGUAAUUUAUACUAAUCAAGUAAUCGAUAGAAUAUUACUUAAAAUGGAAGAAGAUAAAUUCGCUUUAGUGGAGCGAAUAAUCAAAGAUAUUCAUGCGGUAUUUUCUAGAAUUGCUGAGUUACGAUCUUUUGAUAUUGUUCCCGUAGACACGAACUUCAGGAACAAGUCACCUGUUUUGUAUUUAGAAAAUUGUCUCGGCUUAGAGUCUUGGUGUAUCAAGCAUGUUUACAUGUACUGCUAUUCUGAAAUAAUGGACAGAUAUUGUCCUAAGGGGAGACGUAGAGUAUUUAAAGUUUCAUCACUGAAUUCUGAUCGUAUGAUUCAGUUACUCAAUGUAACAUUAUUGCUUAAUCCUGAUUUAAACACUCUGUGGAACAAACGGCGUAUGUUAUUGGAAAAAUCAUUGUUGGAGAACAAUUCUGAAUUACAUUUCACAAGAUUAGUAAUAUCAAGAAAACCAAAAUGCAAUGAUGCCUUUGCAUACAGGAGAUGGCUUCUGGAUAUAAUUUUUGCAGAUAAAUCAUUAGAAAUGAACAGUAUUAGAGAUAUUAUAAAUGAAGAGUUGAACAUUUGCACCCAAGCUUCAGACAGGAGUCCAAACAAUUAUCACAGUUGGAAUCAUCGCAUGUGGUUUGUAAAUAAACUUAAGUCUUUAGAUAAUCCUUUGCUGGAUAUUUUUAAUCAAUAUGUAAAGGAAUAUAAUUUUUCCGAGCAAUGGACGGCUAAGAAUGUCUCAGAUUACAGUUGUUUUCACUAUCGACAAUUUUGUAUAAAGAAUGUUUAUUUACUGAAUGAAGAAUCGUGGAAAAAGUUUACAAUAAAUCUUAACUUGAGGAAAGUUCUCGUAAGAAUUUUGGCUAGUAACUUUCCAAUUGAUUCAACUAUGCAAGUGUCUGAGGAAAAUUUGUUAAAAUACUCCGAAAGUGAUUUAGUUAAUUUGUUAUUAUUUCAUAUGGUGAAGAAUUGUUCUUGCGUUUUGGACAAUGUUUAUAUAUGUCGAAAGUUAGAAAUAAUUUUCCACGAACUAUCGGUUAAUAAUGAAUUAAUUCGAUUUUACAAACAUCAUGAAACUUUGUGGUAUCAUAGAAGAUUUAUUGUGCAUGAGAUUAUUGAUAUUAUGUAUGAACAUUUCUGUUUGACAAAGAGUAAUGGUGUUUUGGUUAGAAAUACGUGUAAAAAAUGUAGUUACGAUGAGAGACAGAAGCAAGCAAAGAUAGUUAGGUAUGACACAAACUGUAUGUACUCUAGUGUUCUCUUCAACGUAAUGUUGACACAUGAGAAAAAGUUUAUAGAAGAAAUGAGAAAUUCAGAUAAUUAUGCAGAUAGACAUGAAAAGUAUCUUAAAUUUGUUGAAGGAUUACAUCAUGUUAUGUGAAAAUUCAUAUUUGUUACAAAUGUUUUAUACAGUUCCAAAUGUAACUAUCAUCUAAGUAACUUAUUUGUAUGAAAAAUUUACAUUAACAUUUUGCUGUCCCACUCAUCUUUUAAAAAGGAUAUCUGUAAUGAAACACCAUGUUGUAAGACUGUUAUUUUAUUAUACACUCUAAAUGAACAUAAAAGAUACAGAUUAUAAAUCAAUAACUUAU